UUUAAAUUCCAUGAUUGUGAUUCAGUGUGCGUUAUGUUCUCCCUCUCCGUUUCAGAGUGCGGAGGAGCACUGUGCAUUUGUCAGCGUGGUGAGCUGCAGCCUGUGUGUGUUCCUGGCUGUGUUUGUGCUGGUGUGUACAGAGACCCUGACCCAGCGCUGGAGGAGACUGCUGGGUCUGGUGGUCUGGGCCACUCACCUCACCAUGGGAUUCACCUUCAUCUUCAGCGGACCCCUCAUUCUGCCCUGGGACCAGGUUCCCUUCUUCCUGUUCAUCAUCUUCACAGUGUACACCAUGCUGCCUUUCCAGAUGUGCUAUGCUGUGGUACUCAGUGUGAUCUCCUCACUCUCUCACAUCAUGGUCCUCACUCUACGCCUCACUGUCUUCAACACCCAAGAUCCCAGCCCCUUUCUGGCCAAUCAGCUGCUGUCCAAUGCGGUGGUGUUUCUGUGUGGCAGUGUGGUGGGGGCCUUCCAUAAGGUCCUGAUGGAGAGAGCACUAAGACAGACCUUCCAGGAUACACUCAGAUGUCUGGGCAUCCGCAUGAAGCUGGAGAUAGAAAAGAGACAACAGGAGAACCUGCUGCAGUCUGUGCUACCUGUCUACAUCUCCAUGAAGAUGAAGCUGGCCAUCAUGGAGCGUCUGCAAGACUGCAAGGACAAAGAAGAGCAGCAACGACUCGUCAAAGACAACAACUUCCACAGUCUCUACGUCAAGAGACACGAGAACGUCAGUAUUCUGUAUGCUGACAUUGUGGGCUUCACCCGAUUGGCCAGUGACUGCUCUCCGAAGGAGCUGGUCAUCAUGCUCAACGAGCUGUUUGGGAAGUUUGACCAGAUUGCAAAGGAGAACGAGUGCAUGAGAAUCAAGAUUUUGGGAGACUGCUACUACUGUGUGUCUGGCCUGCCUGUCUCCCUGCCCAUGCAUGCCAAGAACUGUGUGAAGAUGGGUCUGGACAUGUGUGAGGCCAUCAAACGAGUGCGCGAGGCCACAGGUGUGGACAUCAACAUGAGAGUGGGCGUGCACUCCGGCAACGUGCUCUGCGGUGUGAUUGGCCUCCGCAAGUGGCAGUUUGACGUUUGGUCACAUGACGUCACCCUGGCCAAUUAUAUGGAGUCUGGAGGCUUACCUGGGCGUGUCCACAUCACUGAGGCCACCCUGAAGCACCUGAACAAGGCCUAUGAGGUGGAGGAGGGGAACGGUGGGCUAAGGGAUGCCUACCUGAAGGAGCUCAACAUACAGACAUACCUUGUCAUCGAUCCUCGGUCUAAGAACCAGGCUCUGAACAGCCACAGCAUGCCCAAGCCGCGUGUGAAUGACGGGCUGAAGAUGCGGGCGUCAGUGAGAAUGACCCGUUACCUGGAGUCCUGGGGCGCCGUCAAACCCUUCGCCCACCUACAGAGCAGAGAGGGGUACACCCAAGACACCAUGGUCAAUGGAAAAUCAUGCUGCAAGGACAUCCCUCUGCGCACAGUUCACUCGAAGAUCACUGAGAGCUUUGAUGAGUCUGUAGAGGAGCCCUUCUCCUCACCGGCCCCUCCGCUCAGCACCUAUAAGAACAAGUCCCAGAAGAGCAAGUUUGAUGAGGAGCUGCACAAUGAGAUGACCACCACCAUCGAUGAGCUCAGCAGCAAACAGUGGGUGAAGUCUGAGGAGAUUAGCAGUCUGGCUGUGUGGUUCCCUAAGAAAGAGCUGGAGAAACAGUACCGAGCCAUUGAUCUGCCCAUGUUCAAGCACUACAUCGGCUGUGCCACCUUCAUCUUCUUCUGCAUCUUUGUGGUUCAGAUGUUUAUGACAAAAGAUUCCAAAAUGUUGGGAAUGUCAUUUGGAGUGCUGGCCUGUGUCCUCCUGUUGACCCUGGGCAUCUGUUUCGCAGGUCACCUGCAGCGCUUGUUUCCGGAGAAGUUGUCGUCCUGCCAGUGGCUGCCCGCUGUGUCCGAGGCAGUGGUCAAGAGGCCGUGUGUGCGCCUCCCUCUGGUCACUAUCACCACUGCGGUCAUCAUCAUCCUAGCAGUCUUCAACCUGUGCUUCAUCCAGACGAAGUCACCGUGUGAUAUCAAUGGUAACCCUGAUCUGAUUCGAUCUGACAACUCCAGUGAGCAGCAUCCAGGCAGCCUGUUCUACCUGCCGUACUCUGUGUUCAGCUGUAUCCUGGCUCUCAUAGCUUGUGGAGUGUUCCUGAGGGUGAGCUUUGAGCUUAAAGUGGUCUUCCUCACCCUGGCCUCCACAGCCUACUACAUCAUCAUCCUCAGCGCCAAGGCUGGUCUCUUCAGCUGCUAUGGACAAAUGCUUUACAACCAACUCAAUGAAAACAGAACUGAGGACUCUGGGACCAUCCUGAGAGCGUUGGGGCUGGUCAAACACCCUGAGGUGAUGAGCUGCAUAUACAUCACCUUGUUCCUGGUCACCAUGCUCAUCAUCUCACAACAGAAUGAGUCAUGCUUCCGCCAGGACUUCCUUUUGAAGAAUAAGAACCGUACGGAGCAGGAUGAGAUCGAGACCAGGGAGAACCUGAACCGCCUGCUCCUGGAGAACGUGCUGCCGGCCCAUGUGGCUGCGCUGUUCGUUGGGGAGAAUAAAAAGAACGAGGACCUGUACUACAAGUCAUAUGACUGUGUGUGUGUGAUGUUCGCCUCGGUACCAGACUUCAAAGAGUUCUACACGGAGUGUGACAUCAACAAGGAAGGCCUGGAGUGUCUGAGGCUCCUCAAUGAGAUCAUAGCAGACUUUGAUGAGCUGCUCUCCAAGCCCAAGUUCAGUGGAGUUGAGAAGAUCAAGACCAUCGGAAGCACUUAUAUGGCAGCCGCAGGGCUGAGUGGCACCCCAGGACAGGAGAAUAACCAGGACCGAGAUAGGCAGCAGGCACAGAUGGGGAACAUGGUAGAGUUUGCCAUUGCCCUCAUUGGCAAGCUGGAUGGCAUCAACAGACACUCCUUCAACAGUUUUAGACUGCGUGUGGGCAUUAACCAUGGGCCUGUUAUUGCUGGGGUGAUUGGAGCCAGAAAACCUCAGUAUGACAUCUGGGGCAACACCGUCAACGUGGCCAGUAGGAUGGAGAGCACUGGAGAGCUGGGCAAGAUUCAGGUCACAGAGGAGACGUCGGACGUGCUCCAGAAGCUGGGUUACUCCUGCGAGUGCCGAGGCCUCAUCAACGUGAAGGGAAAAGGCGAGCUGACAACCUUCUUUGUGUGCACGGACAUGAGCAAGCAGCAAGGAAUGGGCCUGAGCUGAGGUCUACGGUGAGCACACUACUGUGUGUGGACUCUGGGCCUGGUAGCGCAUAUGUGUGCUGGGUCGGUUACAGGACACAGUCUAGCAUUCAGCACAAACUAAUUACAUGAACGCACAUAAGUUAGCAUGCUUAGACUAAACCUACCGGAGCACACAAAUAUAAUUCAUCCCAGUGCUUCAGUCAGCGAUGAUCCUGACCAAACCAGAUCAAGACUUGAAGACGUGGUCCUAGAGGUUAUAUUUUGGAUUAUUCCUGUUUCCAGGGAGAUUUCCUUUGGGAGAUUCUUCAUUGGAAAUAAAUGCUUAGUGCUGCUGAUUUAUAAAAAAAGAAAAUUGAGAUCCAGUUCUAAUGUAUGCAUUCAAUUAGACUGACAUGGAGGUUACGUCAAGCACUGGUCGUCGUCAUACUGGAUUCUAUCACCUAAUCCUCCUAGAACCUUGCUGGAAUCAUGAGAUGCACCAAAAACAUCUUCAGUCUGCUCAAAACUGAGCUGUUUAUCAAGCAAAUGGUGACUAAAACAAUGGAGUGAGUGCUGCUGCAUGUGUAGUGACAGUGUACAGUACACACUCGCUGCCAUGGUUUUCUAGACCUUAAAGGUAGACUAAGCAAAAUUGCAAGACUUUGUGCAUGGGUUCCCUUCACGCUGUUACAGCGUGGUAGCAACCGAACCAGCGGAGAAGUUUAAACUUGAUGUUGGGGGGGAAAUUGACCCACUAUGCUGUUUACUUUGGGCAUCUACGUCAUAUCGCUGAGUCUACCGUGAACAGUCACCCUCUAAUAAUUUCUUUUUUUUUUUUGGUUUCUACGACCAUGGGACUAAAUGUAAAUAUCGAAGCCAAAUAUCCUGCC